AUCUCUUCGGUUGUCGUCAGUCACAUUUGCGCAUUCCGAAGAUGCGCUCCGCUCGAAACGGUACAAACGAUAAAUCUGUCCGUCGCAUGGUUUGCAGGCGGCACGGCACGUCAGUCACGCGGCGAUUUCGGACCCAAAAAUAAUAACAUCAGCAUCCAAAGAGGAUUUCGUGUUACCAUUCUCAGAAAUAACAACCAUCGUUGACCAAAGAACAAUGCUCCUACACCGACGAGAAACUUUUGCUGUUACAAGUUCAAACUAAUCUAGCAACAAAAAUUUAAAAAGUAAAAACAUAGCAUUCAGCAUUUGGUGCACGAUGUUGCUACAUCUAUUUGCGGCCGGCGUCGUCCUCUUCGUAUUCGCUCACAUGGAUGCCAGCCUAACGAUUUCGCUCACCAAGAUCGUCUCGCAACCUCAGAAAAACAACCACAAGAACAUCUCGAAUCUGCUGGAUAAUCUGCUCAGGGGAUACGAUAAUAGCAUCCGGCCCGAUUUUGGUGGUGCUCCGGCCGUGGUGGAAGUCGACAUAAUGGUGAGGAGUAUGGGUCCAAUAUCGGAAGUCGAUAUGACUUACUCAAUGGACUGCUAUUUCCGACAGUCGUGGGUGGACAAGAGGUUAGCGUUCCCCGGAGACGAUAAGGAUACGCUUGCAUUGAGCAUUUCGAUGCUAGCGAGAAUUUGGAAGCCGGACACAUACUUUUACAAUGGGAAACAGUCUUAUCUGCACACGAUCACCACACCCAACAAAUUCGUGAGGCUCUAUAAGAAUGGACGCGUCCUCUACUCUUCCAGACUAACUAUUAAGGCUGGUUGUCCGAUGAACCUGGAGGACUUUCCCAUGGACAUACAGAGAUGUCCACUUAAAUUUGGAUCAUUCGGUUACACGUCGCGCGACGUCCUCUACAGAUGGAAUUCGGCUAGGCAGGUCGCCAUUGCAGAAGAUAUGAAGCUGUCCCAGUUCGAUCUGAUCGCAACACCUGCCGGCAACCACACGGACACAAUAAUCAACAGCGACAAGAAAACAGCCGAAUAUUCGAUGCUGCUUGUCAGUUUCCAUCUGCAGAGGCAUAUGGGAAACUUCCUGAUACAGGUGUACGGGCCAUGCGUACUUCUGGUUGUUCUGUCUUGGGUAUCGUUUUGGUUGAAUCGCGAGGCGACUGCUGAUCGGGUUUCCCUAGGAAUCACAACCGUGCUGACCAUGACCUUCUUGGGGCUAGAAGCGAGAACCGAUCUUCCUAAAGUUCCAUACCCAACGGCCCUAGAUUUCUUCGUGUUUCUCUCGUUCGCCUUCAUAUUCGCCACAAUCAUUCAAUUUGCCGUAGUCCAUUACUUCACCAAAUACGGAUCGGGCGAAUGCUACUUCAGUUCCGAUCUGAGUUCGGAUUCCAGCAGUGAUGAGGAGGAUUGGAAUCAGGAAGGAAGGAGGAUCAUCACCGAAGCUACCAAUGGUCAAGGGGACGUAACUAGGCGGUAUCAAAACUACAGCUGCGGCGAAUCUCAGUUGAUCGAAGUAAUUCCACUAUCAGCGUGUUCCAUUCCGAUGGCGACUUCCUCUGGUGGCGGAAGCCGUAGGUCAUCGCAACCUUGGAGUCCACUGCAAUGUCUCGGACGUCGAACAGCCGGAAACGAUGAUGAACAUGUACCUGUAGUUCCCACGAUGGCCCUUGGGCUGGGACCAUCUUCGGUGAGCUCAAUUAGCGGACCAAGGAUGUCCAUUCAACAAGGUCCCAGGAUUCACCGAAGACGUAGGAAGAAACGCACACCACGGUUCAACUCCGUGUCAAAGAUAGAUCGGGCGAGUCGCGUUGUCUUUCCUUUACUGUUCCUAACUAUAAACCUCUUCUACUGGUAUUCAUAUCUCUCGCGAACGGAACGCAUACAACCACUGAAUGUCUCCUAAUAACACUACAAUAAUUGUAAUAAUAAUAAAGAACGACACGUUA